AGAAUUAUCAAUUUGGACUUUGUUCAGCUACAGAUAAAAAAAGGAGACAGGGGAGUGGGCCAGUGAACUCUGCAGUGUGUGCGUGCACCACCCUGGGGACAUGACGGGGCUCAGGUCCCUGCUGCUGCUGCUGCUGCCCCUGCUGCUGGGCUGGGCCAUUGGCCACCCUGCCCCCGGGAGAAAGAACUUCAACAAGCUGCUGGUGAUUUCCUUCGACGGCUUCCGCUGGGACUAUGACCAGGACGUGGACACCCCCAACAUGGACCUCCUGGUUAAGGAGGGUGUGAAGGCCAAGUACCUUUCGCCACCGUUCGUUACGAUGACCUCCCCAUCCCACUUCACCACCAUCACAGGUCGCUGGAUUGAAGACCAUGGAGUCAUUCACAACUUGAUGUUUGAUGCGGAGAAGGGCUUGAAGUACGACCACAAGACCUCACAGAACACGACUGAGUGGUGGGACAACGGGGUGCUGCCCCUCUGGAUCACAGCACAGAGACAGGGGAGGAAGACAGCAUCCUUCCACUACCCCGGAGGCGGAGUGAAAUAUGAUGGAGAGGCUGUCCAGCGGGCACUAAUAAAGUCCCACGAUCACCCCGACAGCAACGAGACGGAAUGGAGGGAGAACAUCGACAUCAUCAUGGGCUGGUUCGAGAAGGAAGACUUUGACUUCGUCACGCUGUACUACGGGGAGCCAGACAGUGUGGGGCAUAGCCUCGGGCCCGAGACGGAGAACAGGAGGGUGAUGAUCCGGCAGAUAGACAGAACCAUCGGGUACCUGCUGGAGGCCAUCAAAAGGCACGGCCUGACCGAGCGCCUCAACGUCAUCAUCACGUCGGACCAUGGCAUGACCACGAUCAAAAAGCAGCCUGAAGUCACCGAGAUCCUCUUGACCAACUACAUCAAGUACAGUGACCUGGUCAAGUUUGACCUUGUGGACUAUGGCGGCUUAGGGAUGAUCCUGGCCAAACCGGGGCAAGAGGAAAAGCUUUACCAGGCGCUGAAGAACGCGCACCCUCACCUCCACGUCUACAAGAAGGAGGAGUUUCCGGAACGCUUCCAUUAUGCCAAACACAAGCGGAACCUGCCCAUCUUGAUGUACACAGAUCCCGGCUACAACAUCAACGGGGUGAGUCGAUUCUAA